UGUUACAUCCAUUUCUCUGAACCUUCUUUCAUGUGUGUCCCUUUCUCUCUCUCUCUCUCUCUCUAUCCUCUGAAGUCUAGAGAGUCAAUUAUUCUCAAGGAGAGAAGAGUUGAACAGAGUGUUGGAAGAGAGAAAAAUCCCAGAAACCUCUGAAGAAAAACUUCUGGAUAGCUUCUAGUACAAAGUUUUUCUUGUGGGAGGAAUUGUCUGAUAACAAGAUUAGGCACUGAAUUUGGAGAAUUCCCAAUUCCCAAUUGUGUUUCUUGGAUUUAGAGGCUGCUGGGAUUGUGAAGAUGAUGAUGUUUGAUGAUAUGGGGUUCUGCAAUGAUCUUGAUUCCUUCCUGGCUCCUGUGAAUGAGCCAGCUGAUAUAGUUGCUCCUCGGCCCGAGGCCGAGCAGGAGGAUGAUUAUAGUGAUGAUGAAAUGGAUGUGGAGGAGCUAGAGAGGAGGAUGUGGAGGGACAAGAUGAAGCUGAAACGCUUGAAAGAGAUGAACAAGAGUAAGGAGGGGGAUGGAGCUAAGCAGAGGCAAUCUCAAGAGCAGGCUAGGAGGAAGAAGAUGUCUAGGGCUCAGGAUGGGAUAUUGAAGUACAUGUUGAAGAUGAUGGAGGUGUGUAAGGCUCAGGGGUUUGUGUAUGGGAUUAUCCCUGAGAAAGGGAAGCCGGUGAGCGGGGCGUCUGAUAAUCUGAGGGAGUGGUGGAAGGAUAAGGUGAGGUUUGAUCGGAAUGGGCCGGCUGCAAUAGCCAAGUACCAAGUGGAUCAUGCUAUCCCGGGGGGGAGGAACGAGAGCGAGGGGAAUCCGGUUGGGGCUACCCCUCACACCUUGCAGGAGCUUCAGGACACCACGCUUGGCUCGUUGCUGUCAGCGUUGAUGCAGCAUUGCGAUCCCCCUCAGAGACGGUUUCCUUUGGAGAAAGGCGUUCCCCCGCCUUGGUGGCCUAGUGGGAAUGAGGAGUGGUGGCCUCAAUUGGGGCUGCAUAAGGACCAAUCCCCUCCGCCUUACAAGAAGCCACACGAUCUGAAAAAGGCGUGGAAGGUUGGUGUCCUCACCGCUGUCAUCAAGCAUAUAUCCCCCGAUAUCUCCAAGAUUCGGAAGCUUGUAAGGCAGUCCAAGUGCUUGCAAGACAAGAUGACAGCCAAGGAAAGUGCUACUUGGCUUGCCAUUGUUAACCAAGAGGAAGCCUUGGCUCGAGAGCUUUACCCCGAUAGAUGCCCCCCGUUAUCCUCAACUGCUGGGGCGGGGAGUGGAAUGUUUUCUGUGAACGAUAGCAGUGAGUAUGAUGUUGAAGGGGUCGAUAAUGAUCCCGAGUUCGAUGUUCAAGAGCAAAAACCAAACAACAUCAAUUUGUUGAGUAUGGGUGUUGAGAUGUUCAACAACGGGCUAACGGAUUCAAUCAAGGACGAUGUAAUCACCCGGUUGGAUUUCUCGAGGAAGAGGAAGCCUAUGGAUGAACUGCCCAUUUUGUUGGAUCAUAGGAUCUAUACUUGUGAGUUUGUUCAUUGCCCUCACAGAGAGCUUGGCCUAGGGUUUGAGGACAGAUUGGCUAGAGACAAUCAUCAGUUAACUUGCCCUUACAGAAACUCUGCUCAAUUCGGGGUUUCAAACUUCCACAUGAAUGAAGUCAAGCCAGUGGUGUUUACCCAACAAUUCGUGCAGCCGAAGGCUGCUACUGUUACUGCUACUACUACUGCUAUUACUGCUACUGCUCCACCCGUCAAUCCAAGCCCGUCUUCCUUCAAUCUUCCGGGACUUGGUGUUCCAGAAGACGGGCAAAGGAUGAUCAACGAUCUCAUGUCGUUCUACGACACUAACAUCCAGGGGAGCAACAUUUCCUCGAGUCGCCCCAUGUUCACAUCGGGAGACCAGUUCGAGCAGCCCAAGGCGGCUCUGAACUCCCCAUUCAAUUCCCCCUUCAACGUCGUCACCUCCACCGAGACACUCCCCUUCAUGUUUGGCCCUCCCUUCAACCUCCCAUCCUCCGAUUACUCCGAAGCCUUACUCGGCAUUCCACCCCUGCCAAAGAAACACAUCCACACCUGGUACUAGGUUGUCUGCCUCACCUCACCGCUCUAUGGACCGAGUACUUAAAAGUCGAAACCAUGCCAUCAUCUGCCAUUUUCAGGUCCAAAAAUACUCACACCUAUGUUUCCAUUUCCCAUAUAGUUAUAGCAAGCCAAAGGGUUAUAUUGCAUGGAGAAUAUAUAUAAUUCUCUCUUAGAUUUGCAGUGAUCCUUAAACUUAUAGGUCUUUAAUAAGUUCUAUUUUUGAUCUUCCAUAUAGAAGCUUUUAUUAUCAUAAUUAUUAUGUGUAAUCUGUCAAGCAAGCAAAGGCCACUGCAAAAUAUGCAGUCUAUAUUUUGUGUCUUCAAUUUGCUCCAUAUUGGUUCCUGCAGGCUAGCUUGUACCAUAUGCCUUUGUUAUGUAUUCUAUCUUUUUAUAAGUGGUUGGUUAUGUUUGGAUAUGAUGUUAAAUCUGUUCUGAUC